AUGACCGACAGCAAUAAGAGCCAGAGCAGGAGCAACGACAAGGACAACGAUGAGGAUACGGCUGAUAAUGUGCAUGAUACGGGCAAACACAUGAUGCUGCUGAAAAAUUCGUUAAGUCAGAUGUUCGGAUUCACAGCUGGCGAAGCGAUUGCCUUGAAUCCAAAGAAUCUAAGUGGUGUACUCCACAGCAAUGACUUGGUGCUGAUUCUCUUCUAUUCAGAGCAAUGCAGAUAUAGCAUGCAAUUCAUGCCCGUCUUCGAUGCAGCUGCUGAUCAGUUGAGGGCAGAGUUUGGUGACAACGGCAAGGUCUCAUUGGCAAAGCUCGAUUGCGCAGCUUAUUCUAAUUUGGAGGAUAGAUUCAAUAUUGGUAAAUAUCCAACAAUAAGGAUAUUCCGAUUUGGUCGAGUUGGAAAGAUCGAAUAUCGCGGAGAACGUACAUUGGAUGCACUUAUUCAAUUCAUCCACAAGGAACUCCGCGAUCCCAUAGAAGAGUUCUGUUCAAUGAGUGAUCUGCAGCAACAGAAGAACCAAAAGAAUCUCGUACUUGGAUACUUUGAGAGUAGCAACCACCUGGAGUACGAAGUAUUUCGCAAGACUUCUCUUGCUCUGCGAGAUUAUCAUUGCCGUUUUUAUGCCAGUUUCGGAGAUUCUGCCAAGUCCUUGAAUCCAUCUGGUAGAAAUAAAAUUGUCUUCCAAAAGAAUUUGGCUCUCGCUGAAGAGGAGGACCUCUCUAGCGACUAUAAUGGAAGCAUGUCUGGCUUCAGUGAAAUGUACAAAUGGAUCCAUGACAAAUGUAAACCGAUUUUUCGCGAACUGACCUUUGACAAUGCCGAGGAGAUCUCUGAAGAGGGACGUCCCUGGGUGAUACUUUUCCACCAACAAAGUGAUGUGAAAUCGGGCCAUGAAUUAGAGAAGGUUAUUCAAAUGGAACUUAUGGAUGAAUUGGAUAAAGUCAACUUUGUCUCCGUCGAUGCAACGACAUUUGACUUUCUUUUUGACAUUGAUCGAACAGAAGAAGAGUUGCCCGUAAUAUUUAUCGAUUCGGUCGUACACAUGUAUGAGUUUCCCAAAUUCGAGGAUAUUUAUAUACCGGGCAAACUGAAACAAUUCAUUCGUGAUCUAUACACAGGCCAACUUCAUAUAUCGCAUCAUGUUGAGGAGUUUUUAGCUGGCGAAAGUGAUGAGGAAGAUGAUAAUCAUAAUCAAAUUAAACCUACUAAAAUAGAGGUCUCAACUCUAGCAAUGCAGGAGGAAGCAACUACAGUCAAAACACGACAUAAAUCAAAACUUAAGGAUUACUUGCCAUCAAGAAAUCGCUAUACUAUGAGAGAUGAAUUGUAA